GACUCUAUUCUUACAUUUCGUUGCAGGGCAGCAUAUCGCAGCUCUGGUAGUCAGGUUACCCAGUACUUUUGCUUGCCUUCCUUGGAACAAUUUGGUGAUUCCUUCUACUCGUCAUACUAUACACCAGAAAGGGGAUUCUCAUUAUCAUUGGCGAGUCUAGAGAAAUCUCGAGAUUCCCGAGUGAAUGAUAUUCCCCUUCAUCUCACACUCUCACGCAUCCUCCAGCGCCUGCGUAGACUGCACUCAUCUAAUACACAUAUACAGACAAUCUGCAUCUCAAGGUCUCAGAGGCUCAAAGGCUCAAAGGCUCAAAGGCUCAAAGUCUCAAAGUCUCAAAGUCUCAAAGUCUCAAAGUCUCAAAGUCUCAAACAAUAACUACCUACCUACUUGAUAUAAUUCAUGACCAACUCACCGAAAUCGUACAACCUCGUGUUGCGUGUUCUUGUGUUAUAAAUUCUGCCUAUUAAUUCAUUUUAUUCCAGUCAUUGGAGAUAUCUUUAACAAUCCUCAGACAAUCUUCACUCUGAUCUUUGAAUUGCUCUGAUCUUCCUGAUCUUCCUGAUCUGAUCUGAUUUUACCAUUUUUAAUUUAUCCUUGUGCAAUUCUCACUCUCACACCCACACACACACCCUCUCCCUCUCCCUCUCCCUCUCUCUCCUUAACCGCCCAUUCUUGAUUCUGUUAUUUGACCAUAAGACGAAGAAACCUCCGAAUUAAUCCUGGACAUAUUCCGACCUGUUGCAUUGCGGCGCUGUUUGGAAUCGCAAGGGGGAUAAAGUAUUCUUAGAAAAAUAUUUCCCAAAGAAAUGCAGACAAACCUUCGAUCAUAACAGUCAUGGCAGAUGCGACGGAGACUGGAAAUAGAGUGAGGCAGCGUCGUGCAAGUCGUCCAAAAGUAAAGACAGGAUGUAAUAACUGCAAGAAUCGAAGAGUGAAAUGCGAUGAAACGAGACCUGAAUGUACAAAAUGUGUGAGAUCGGGGAGACGAUGUGAUGGUUACCCGGCGUACAAUCCGAGAAACAGAAAUGCCAAUAAUACUCUACCAAUUGCUCCUCGACCGAGCAAUGCUGGGUUGGAAUCGCAUUCAACACCAGCCAACAACACCAUAAUAACAACGACUUUACCUGGUUCGACAGCACUCAUUCCCAGGAAAACGUCACGCAUCAUCAGUAAAUCGAGAUCUAUCGGCCCAUUGUCACCUACCACACCAUCAGCCAUCACUUCCAUCGAAAUUGAUUCCGAGAUAUUUCGACCACCCACUCUCGGUCUUCCAUUCGACGCAAAGGAAGGCCAAUACUUCCAAGUCUUCCGCACCCAUACGGCCAGCGAAUUAUCUGGAUUCUUUGAUUCAGAAUUCUGGACGCGUAGUGUUCUUCAAGAAUCGCAUUCUGAAGCAUCUAUACGUCAUGCCGUUGUGGCUCUUGGAGCUCUCUACAAAACAUUGGAAAAGGUCGCAGAAUCACCUCCGACCUCUCCUACGCCUUCUUCAAAUCAAGGUCCUUCGAGCAACGAUUCCGCGCCUACUCAUUGGAGUUUCGCUUGGGAACAGUAUGGAAAAGCAGUUACGCGCAUGCGCCAGAGUAUUUCGAAUAAUGAAGUUCAAUCUCAACGAACGGUUUUAAUAUCUAGUGUUUUGUUCACUUGUUUCCAAUCGUUUGUGGGGGAUCACAAGGCUGCUAUUAGACAAGUACAAGUAGGCCUAGGAGUGAUGGAGAAACAACGCAGGGAAAGAAAGAAAUCAUACAUCCAGCGCGAAGACGACAUUGUGGAAGAAGAGUUGGGGCAAAUGUUUACACGCAUGGCUAUUCAAGCCAAAUCAUACGAUAUGGCGUUUCAUUUUCCAGCUCCAUGGGUUAUCCGUCUCUCUACCAAUCCAAGUAUCGCUAAUCCCGUAGCAUCACAAUCCGGACCGCCCUCUCCUUCAACAACUAGCUCUCCAACGAAUCUCGAUUGGAGACAUCACGUUUCUCGAGAUCCUAGCUUGGCAAAUCCACCCAGUCCAUCCGAUAGUUCCACUGGCACAACCGCCUCAAUCGAAGCACCCAUUCCUGAAAGCUUUCCAAGUAUUCAAGAGGCAAGAUUGGUACUCGAUGCUUUAUGUGAAAGAAUCAUGAGAUAUAAUGAGGAACUAGUAGGUUUCUAUACCGUGUCCAAUAACAUUCUUCCUGCCUCUAUAAAAUCCAACGGAUACGGUUUCGGUCGUUCCCUCGAACAAUGGCAAAUGACAUUCGCUCCUAUUCUUGCCAAACGCCGUGCGCCUGGCACUUCAAAUAUCGAGAGAGCCGGUAUCAUCGUUCUUCAAAUGACAUGUGUCAUGACACGAAUUCUGGUCUUUACUGCAUUUUCCGCCAACGAAAUGGAUUUUGAUCAGUUUCUUCCCAAAUUCACGGAGAUCAACGAAUUGGCCAAGGAACUGAUCGUAGAUGAAGAAUUAGCGUUGGCACAAGCAAGAUGUGGAGCGGCUUGUAAGCAUGUCAAUUCUAGUCCGGGAAUUAAGAGAGGAAUGAGAACGCCAUUUGGUGUUAAGGUUACGAGCUCUUCUUCCAGUCCUGGUCCUGAUGGAAAUCAUUCGCAUGAAACUUAUUCGCAUAUUAAACCCUCCUUUGCACUUGAUCUUGGUAUCAUUCCCCCGUUAUUCGUCGUGGCGACGAAAUCAAGAGAUAGAAGAUUGAGAAGAGAAGCGAUUAGUCUUUUGACGUCGAGUCAUAGGAGAGAAGGAAUGUGGGAUUCGAGACUUUGUGCGGGAGUUGGAAAUUGGAUUAUGAAUGUCGAGGAAGAGGGGUUGGAUCCAUAUGUUAAGGGAGAGGAAUCGGAAAAGCAAUUGGUGCCGGAUGAGAAGAGGGUGAUGGUUAUGGAGAUGUGGUUUAAUCUCGAGAGGAGGUGGGCGAUGUUGAGGUGUGGGACUAGGGGGGCGAAGAAGGGAGAUUAUGAUGCCAGGGCGAGGGAAACACCGGUUUCCUGGUAGGGCGUGCUGCGGUUUGGAAGACUUGAGAAAUCAAGGUUUGGACGGGGAUCGGAGAAAGAAGUCAAGGAGUGGCGGUUGUAUGAUAGUGUACAUACAUGCUUUUCCAAGGCGUCUGGUAUGGGUUGGAUUGGGUGGGAUGGGAUGGGAUAGGAUCGAAUGUAUUUGGAACUUGGGGUUGGGGGAUGAAUGAACAGAAAUGCAUAGCAGGGAAAUACAUUUAUUUAAUUGGUAUGGUAGGAUUAGGAUUUUGUCCCUCGGGGGCGGAUGAGGGGGGGGAGUAUUAAUGAAUGGAUGGAUGAGUAUUCAUGUCCAUAUUUAUAUUGAUAGCUACCUAUCUAGAUAAAUAAAUCAUAGUUGAAGAAGUACAAUGAAACAGGAGGAGGCAAUCUUGUGUUGGUUAGGUAUUAGAUUGGGAGAUGGGUAGGUUUGUAGGUGGGGGGAGGGGAGGUUGGAGACGCACUAAAAUGGAUGGAUGGAUGCAUGCAUGGAUUUGGGCAUGGUGGAUGGGCAUGGUAUGGUAUGGUAUGGUAUGGUAUGGAAUAAUAUAUCGGGGUUAGCUGGGGGUUGGUUGGAUGUGUAGGUGCAUGGUUGGCAGGUUGGUUGGAUGGAUGGAUGGAUAGUAAUAUAAUAUAAUUUAAGUUGAGUUGAGUUGAGUUGUAGUUUGAUUGAUUGAAUAAAUAUUUAGUUGUAAUAGUUCUAUAAAAUAAAUAAAUAAAUAAAUAAAUAAAUAAAUAAGUCUUGUAAUAUCA